ACGGAAUAUUAUAAUUUUAUUUAAAUUUUAUCUGUAUUUUAGCUGUAAUACAAAAACUACAAAUCCGUAGUUUAUGCCCGAAUGAUAGAGGUCUCUAUAGUCUCUCCUGCCGAUUUUUGAUGCACAGCUGAUCAACUGAAAACAAUUGUAUAAAGGAACAAUAUUUUUUAUUCGAGUAUAUUCCGAAAUAAUUUAGAAAUAAGUGAUUAUUAUUUAAUAAAUUAUUAAAUUUGUAGAGUUAUUUCUUAGUUUAUCGACUAUGUUGUGACAAAGCUUAUAUGUUAUUAAUUUUAGAGAACAUUAAUUAUAUUGUAAUUUCUUAAUAAAUGUAAAUACAAAGAAAUUUAGCAGAGAAGUUUAGAAUUUGGUAUAGCAAUGAAUGAAUCAUCAGAAAUAUACAUUGGUCCUCCACCAAUUUGGCCUGACAUCAAAUUAGAAUUACGGGAAUAUAUUGAAUGCCCUGAACGAUUACCUAUACAUCAACUGGACAAUGCUCAAUGUUACUGGUCGCGUAAACCAAAUAUUUGUUCAUUAUUGGAAUUUGAUUUGGCUCCAAUCGAUACUACGCUGAAGUUUGAUCGCGAUCCUAUAACAGGCAAAAUUGGCGAAAUGCAAGAAAUCGUUUUGCAAGGUGCAGGGGAAACAGCAAGAAAUUCUAUGUCUAUGACUCGUGCACCUGGACCGCUUACAGAUGGAGUUCGAGGUAAUCCUAGUAAUAUUCCUUUUUGGCCUGGUGGUUUUGAAGAACCUAAAGUGCUUGAAAGUGAAUUUCUAAAUGAUAUUGACUUUGAAAAGAAUUUGAGAACAUUAGCCAAAGGUUUUAGCUCGGGUGUAGAAUUUAAAAGCGACAAUUGCACACCGAUUAAUUGUACAAAAAAUGAAACAGAAGUCGAAGAAAUAAAAAAAUUUGAAGAAUUAAAAAUUGAUGAUAAUAUCAAUUUAAUGGCUGUUGUACAUGAGGAGGGAAAUUUACUUGGUUUAUGGUCUUCAAUUGAGGAGCCAAAAAAAGAGAAUGUUCAAAUUUCGGAUAACAACAUUCCAUUUACAGACAGUUCCAUUUUACCUGAAGAAACGAAUAUACCUGUCUUGAAAAUAUCAGAAAAAAAAACAGAGUUUGCAAAAACAGAAUGGGCAGAGCAGUUGGAUGUGUCUGCACCAAUAACUGAUUUCGAUAAGAGAGUACCUGAUCCAGCAAUUAAAUUUGAAUAUGAAUUAGACACUUUUCAGAAGCAAGCUAUUCUUAAAUUGGAGGAGAACAGUAAUGUCUUUGUUGCUGCACAUACAUCAGCAGGAAAAACUACUGUUGCUGAAUACGCCAUUGCAUUGAGUCAAAAGCAUAUGACAAGAGUAAUUUAUACAUCCCCUAUAAAAGCGCUAUCAAAUCAGAAAUAUCGCGAGUUUAAGAGAAAGUUUGAAAGCGUUGGAUUAUUAACAGGUGAUUUGCAAAUAAAUCAAACUGCUUCAUGUCUAAUCAUGACGACAGAGAUCCUACAAUCAAUGUUGUAUUGUGCAUCUGAUGUUUUACGAGAUUUAGAAUUUGUCAUAUUUGAUGAAGUUCAUUAUAUAAAUAAUGAAGAUAGGGGUCAUGUAUGGGAGGAAAUUGUCAUUCUUUUACCACAGACAAUAAAUAUAGUAAUGUUAUCUGCGACCGUACCAAAUCCAAUAAUAUUCGCAGAUUGGGUCGGUCGUAUCAAGAAGCGAAAGAUGUACGUGAUUAGCACUUUGAAAAGGCCAAUACCUCUUCUACAUUACUUAUACACUGGCACUGAUGGUAAGACUAAAGAUGAUAAGUUUUUGGUCUUUGACGGCAACAGCCAAUUCAUAUUAGAUGGAUGGUAUAAAGCGACUAAUGCAUCUGAUAAGAAAAAGAAUAAGAAUCCAAAGGAUCCUAGGAGAAGAAUUCAGAUGACUCCAAAACAAGAAGAAGUAUUAUGGAGAGCAUUUAUAAGUCAUCUUCAGAAAAAUGAUAUGUUACCUGUUGUUGUAUUUACUCUGUCGAGAAAACGCUGUGAUAUGAAUGCUGCUACAUUGAGAAAUCUCGAUUUAACAACCGCGAGAGAGAAACAUCAAGUGCAUGCAUUUUUUCAAUCUAAUAUAAAACAUUUGAAAGGUAGCGAUAGAGAAUUACCACAAGUACUUAUGAUGCAAGAGCUCUUGGAGAAAGGGGUGGGUAUACAUCACAGCGGGAUAUUGCCAAUUUUGAGAGAAAUUGUAGAAAUGUUAUUCCAAAGUGGAGUUGUAAAGUUACUAUUCGCGACAGAAACUUUUGCCAUGGGAGUUAAUAUGCCAGCUCGCACAGUGGUGUUUGAUUCUAUACGAAAAUACGACGGAAACAACUUUCGUAUCUUACACCCGACUGAAUAUAUACAAAUGGCCGGUAGAGCCGGUCGGCGAGGUCACGACACAACGGGAACAGUUAUAGUAAUGUGCAGAUACGACGUACCACACUUUAACGACUUGAAACCUAUGAUGUGCGGCGAGCCGCAGACAUUAGAGUCGAAAUUCAAAGUCACGUACUCUAUGCUCUUAAAUUUGAGAAGGGUGAAUGAAUCCGUCACCGUUGAAGCGAUGAUGCGCAAGUCUUUCAAGGAAUCACCACUAGCAUCACAGGAAGCGACGUAUAACAGCGAAUUACGAAAAGUCGAGCGAGAAUUAUCAAACUUGCCGACUUUGACUGAGAUGCAGAAGAAGCUCUCUACGUUUUAUCACGUAGCGGUUGAUUAUCUGGAGGACGUUAAAUUUCUAAAUCCCUAUUUGUUUGAAACCAAAAAAGUAGCGAAAGCCUUGACCGAAGGCAGAAUCUUGCUAAUAUCAUAUGCAAAUCAUUACAACAAAUUAGGUCUAUUACUUCAAGUCAUGCAUUAUAAAAAUUUCACCCAAUACAAAGUGUUGAUACUCAAGGAUGCAGACGCAUCCAAUUCCGAGGUUGCUGAAUUCAAGAGUCCUCAAAUAUACGAAAAAUGGUGUGAAAUUAUUGGUUUAACAAAAAAAAAGAUAUUUAUCCCGAGCACUAAUGCAUCGCACGAGGUCGUGACUUUGCACUCGUGGCAUAUACUGAAGAUAACUAAGUGUCAGAUAAAAGUCGAUUGCUCUUUAGUGCUGAAUGAUUGGGAAAAGAGACAAAUCUCACGAUUUAAAAACGAUCCACCGGGGCAGACGUGUCAGAUGGCAGUUCAAGAAUUAAUUUCUCUAUCAUUUAAUGCUACCACUAAUGAUCAAGUUCUAUGCCCAUAUAUCGAAUUUUUAUCGAAAAAUGAUUUUCAAUUAAGAAUACAGCAUAGAGACAAAUUAAAAGCUCAACUCAAUGACAUGAGGUGCAUGGAAAUACCGAAUUUUGAAGAACAGUUUAGACCUGUAUUCGAACGAAAUCAACUCGAAGAUAAAAAACGGCAGCUCCAGCUUAAACUUAGCGAUGAAGGAAUGGCGCUGUAUCCAGAUUAUAUGAAUAUGGUGGCAUUGCUCAAACAUUUGAGAUAUAUAGAUAGCGAUGAAAGAGUUGGUUUAAAAGGAAGAGUCGCGCUGCAAAUGGGGAGUAAUGAGUUAUUGAUAACGGAGCUAAUUCUCAAGAAUGUGUUAACCGUUUUACAACCCGCGGAAAUAGUAGCAUUGUUGUCAGCACUGAUCUUUCAACAACGUACAGAUUCGGAACCUACGCUCACACCGAAUCUUGCUAAUGGUUGCAAGAUAAUGAGUGAGGUGCAUGCGGAAUUGGAACGUUUAGAGCAGCAAUAUCAAUUGUCGACGAUACCGCCUUUGAAUUUCGGUUUGGUGGAAGUUGUAUACGAAUGGGCGCAAGCUAAAUCGUUCGCGGAGAUCAUGAAAAUGACAGACGUCCAAGAAGGAAUUAUAGUUCGAUGCAUACAACAACUCGGCGAAACCUUGCGAGAUGUUAAAAAUGCGGCCGUGACUAUAGGUGAUCCGAUUUUGAAAGAGAAGAUGGAGGAAGCUUCAACUGCAAUCAAACGUGACAUAGUUUUCGCCGCAUCUUUAUAUACUCAAGAUUAAUGAGAAGAUGAAAUGUAAAAUAAUCUGACUUUUGGAGAUAGAAAAAUGUAUUUCUUUUAUAAAUAUAAUGAACUAAAUACGCACACAUUUUUGAAAACGUAA